AUGUCUGUAAUGCACCCGCUUGCCAUCCUUUCCGAGACUGAGACCAACUUGGCCCGCGACGUCGUCAAAGCUGCUCACCCAAACACUGUCAUUGAUUUUCGGGAGAUCUUCUUGCAGGAGCCGCCCAAGACACAACUAGUCGAGUUUCUUGCCCUUGAGCAUGCCGGUCGAUUGAGCCCAACUACUCCCAGGCCUCCUCGCCUGGCGCUUUGUCAAUACGAUGUGAUUGGCACUGAUCGCAUUCCUCAGUUCCACGAGUCUGUGGUCGAUGUGGUGUCUCGCUCACAAGUAAAGCAUACUGUGGUGGGCAAGCAACACCAUGCAAGUUUGACCUUUGAAUUUGAUGUCCUAGUGGAUCGUUGCAUGAGCUCGCCCUUGUUCAAGUCCGCUCUGGCCGACUUUAAAUUGCCGGAAGGAUUUGAGGUUGUGAUCGAGCCAUGGCCAUAUGGGGGUCUCGACAAUACAGAUGAGAAUCGCCGCUAUUUCCAAGGUCUUUGCUUUGCCCAGGACAAGCGAUCGGGUAACCUCGACUCGAACUUCUACUCCUUUCCCCUCCCCAUCAUCCCCGUCAUGGAUGCGCACACCCAAGAAAUUAUUCGGGUCGACAGACCCGCAACAGGCGGCAAGGGAGAUGGACUCCUGGAGCAGACAUUCAAACAAGACAUUAUAGGUCACUGCAAGCCUUCAGAAUACGUCCCGGAGCUUCUCCCCGAAGGGACUCGCAAGGAUCUCAAGCCUUUGAACGUGGUGCAACCGGAAGGUCCUUCAUUCAAGGUCACCAAUGAGUCCCUGGUGGAGUGGCAAAAAUGGAGAUUUCGAGUCGCUUUCAAUCCUCGAGAAGGCGCUACGAUCCACGAUGUGUGGUAUGACGGCCGUAGUGUCAUGCAUCGUCUGGCAAUUAGCGAGAUGACUGUUCCAUAUGCCGACCCUCGGCCACCUUUCCAUCGCAAGCAGGCCUUUGACUUUGGCGACGGCGGCGGUGGCAACAUGGCCAACAAUCUCUCUCUAGGCUGUGACUGCCUGGGAGUUAUCAAAUAUUUCGAUGCCGUGAUUACUCAGGCAGAUGGUACCGCUCAGACCUUGCCCAAUGCUAUCUGCCUUCAUGAGCAGGACAAUGGUAUUGGCUGGAAGCAUUCCAACUGGAGAACUGGUCGAGCUGUGGUAACUCGUAACCGAGAACUGGUCGUUCAGUUUAUCAUCACUCUGGCCAAUUAUGAGUACAUCUUUGCUUACAAGUUUGACCAAUCGGGCGGUAUUAUCGUGGAGGCUCGUGCGACAGGUAUCCUGAAUGUUGUGAAUAUCGAUGCUGGCAAGGUCAGCGAAUACGGCAAUGUUGUGAGCGGCGGAGUACUAGCCCAAAACCAUCAACAUAUCUUCUGUGUUCGCAUUGAUCCGGCAAUCGAUGGUCAAAGGAACUCUGUGGUUGUCGAGGAAUCACAUCCAGUACCCAUGAAUGCAGUGACAAACCCUAACGGGAACUUCUAUCAGGUCACCAAGAAGACUAUUGAACGAGCUUCCUGGGUCGAUGCAGCUCCGGAGCAUAACCGAACUAUCAAGAUGAUCAACCCCCAUAAAAUCAACCCGAUUAGCGGCAACCCUGUUGGCUACAAAUUUAUCCCGUUAGCCACACAAAUGCUCCUAGCUGAUCCGGAGUCUGUGCAAGCUCGCCGGGCACAAUUCGCUCAACAUCACGUCUGGGUGACGAAACAUCAGGAUGGGGAGCUGUAUGCAGGUGGCCGAUAUACCUUACAAAGCCAACAUGAAGUUGACGGUGUUGCGGAUGCAGUCCGUAGAGGUGACGGCGUGGCUGACACAGAUGUUGUUGUUUGGAAUUCAUUUGGCAUCACCCAUAAUCCACGAGUGGAGGAUUGGCCUGUGAUGCCCGUUGAGAUUUUCCAGCUCAUGAUCCGACCUGCUGACUUCUUUGUGGCCAACCCAUCUAUUGAUGUGCCUUCUAACAAGAACGGAUCAUCACGUUUGGCUGAUGCGGAAUGUUGCCGGAAAGCACAUAUCUAG